UUUGAGGUUGUGGGGUGUUUAGUUUUGUUGUUUUGUCCGCUGCCGUGAUUCCAUCACUCUUUUAUAUAUAUACUAGCUGUGCCCGUCCACGCGUUGCUGUGGCAAAGUGGUGGUGGUAUUGGUUAAAAAUUGUUGUGUAAUUUUUAUUUGAUGUUAUUUGCAAUUUUUUAUUAAUUUUAUUGUAAGUUAUCUUUUUAUUUAUUAUAUUUUAUUAUUUUCUUGUAUUAUUUUUAGUUAUUUUCUGUUAUUAUAGUAUUUUAUUGUAUUAAUUUUUAGUGUUUUUUAUUAUUUUUUAUUGGGUUGCUAGGAGACCAAGUUGGAGGAGCUUAGCCUUCUAACUGGCAGCAAUUGGAUAAAAGCAAUUAUUCCUCUUCCUCUAAUUAGGACUUUAUUUUUCUUUUCUUUUUGUUGUAUCAACCUAGAGGCAUGGAUGAUGGGUUGUGUUGUCAAAUUUCGAGGUUGGGGGGCCUGUAGUUUUGUUGUUUUGUGCGUCGCCAUGAUGCCAUCACUCUUUUAUAUAUAUAGAUAGAUAAUAGGCUACAGCAAGAUGUUUUCAAUGGGGACAUGGGUUGGGGGCCUCAAUAACCAUAUGAUAAAUGUAGACGGGGAUUAACAGUUCAGUCUAAUGCACUUCCGCGAGCAUGAUCACAUCCUUUAUGCGCCGCGUGCUUUUCCUUCUGUUCUGGCACAAUCAGUGGCGGAUGAUAGUUCUCCCCUCCGCAGGGCACUAUCACCCCCCAACCAGCAUCAUGAGGCUUGCGACUGAACUCGGAAGGUUCGUGGUGCCUGGGAUAAUAAUAAUAAUAAUAACAACAACAACAACAACCCAUGACAGGCAGAGAGAGAGAGAAGCUUCCAGGCGGCACAAAGGGAGGCAAGAGCACCGCCGAAGCCGGCCAAGAGCCAGUCCGGACCCGGGACGAGAUGCAGAGGUUCCUGAGGCCCCGUCCGGGGGUCCCACCCCAAUACUGGCCACGGGGAGCCCCCCAGCGCCAGGCCUUCCCGAUGUCCAAGGUCCGGCACCGGGGUGGCCUGCGCUACGGGGUGGUGCGGGUCCUCCAGGAAUGCCUCUUCCUCCUCCUCUGCUGCUGGUGCAUCAAGGAGAUCCUGGACUAGAUGCCCUCGAGGGGCCCCAACCCUGCGUGUGCUGUGCUGCGGUGCCGCUUUUUCGCCCUCCCGUUUCGCCCCCUUCCUUGCAAUGCUGAUGUUCCCCUUGCGGAGGGCCGUCCUGGUGCAGACCCUCCGGCCCCGACCCCAGUGAAGGACCCCCAGCUGGAGAUGCUCCUGCGGGACGUGGAGAUGGAAAGGCCCCUUCCUCCCUUGGGGAAGGUCUCCCCAUGGGACCCCCAACUCAAAGGGCCCCCCAACCUCUUGGAGGACAACCACGGCAGGCCCCGGCAAGAGACCACUGUGUCCCGCCGGUCACUGGGAGACGGCUCCUGGUGCAAACUGGCCUACUGGGAGCACCGCCUGCGCGUGGGGCGCCUCUUCCCCGUCUGGGAGGACCAGGUCGGCGUCUAUUCCGACCCCACGCCCGGCCUCGACGGCCUCUGCCUGCCUCGCCUGCCUUCCCGGAGCCGCAGCCGGGCCGUGCGCCGGACAAGGGCCAACCUGGGCCGGGGCCUGCUCCUCAGCCGGGAGCCCGGCGGCGUCUGGGCCCAUAACCAUGGCCAGCGGCCCUUCUUCCUCCACUCGCCCACCCUGGGCCCCGAGGUCCACAAGGUGCCCGCCGGACACGCCAUCAAGGCCUUCGAGUACGGUGGCAGCCACGGUGGGGUCAGCGGUGUGGCCCCCGAGGGGCCCGGCCCAUGCGACCCCCACGCCCUGCGCAUCAGCUUCUCUAAGGGGUGGGGGCCGCGCUACUCACGGCGCUUCAUCACCUCCUGCCCUUGUUGGGUGGAGGUCCUGCUCAACGGCCCCAGAUGAAGCACCACCACCACCACCACCACCACCACAAGAAGGGGAUUCCUUCCAACUCUAGGAUUCCGUCGUUCUCUCUAUCAUGGCAGAAGAGGGUUGGACUGGAUGGCCUCCUUUGGGGUCUCAUCUAACUCUAGGACUCCAUCUAUCUACCUAUGCAUCAGUAUAUCUAUCUGAUUAUCUAUCUAUCUAUCUAUUAUUACAGAAGAGGGUUAGACUAGAUGGACUUCUUUGGGGUCCCUUCCAACUCUAGGAUUCCAUCUAUCUAAUCUAUCUAUCUAUCUAUCUAUCUAUCUAUCUAUCUAUUAUGGCAGAAGAAGGUUGGACUAGAAGACCUUCUUUGGGGUUUCAUCCAACUCUAGGAAUCCAUCUAUCUAUCUCUUUAUCUAUCUAUGCAUCUAUCUAUCUAUCUAUCUAUCUAUCUAUCUAUCUAUCUAUCUAUCUAUUUACCUAUUAUGGAAGAUGAGGGUUGGACUAGAUGACCCUCUUUGGGGUCUCAUCCAACUCUAUCUAUCUAGCUAUGCAUCUAUCUAUCUAUCUAUCUAUCUAUCUAUUUAUCUAUGCUUCUAUCUAUCUAUCUAUCUAUCUAUCUAUUAUGUCAGGUGGAGGUUGGACUAGAUGACCUUCUUUGGGGUCUCAUCUAACUCUAGGGCUCCAUCUAUCUAGCUAGGCAUCAAUAUAUCUAUCUGACUAUCUAUCUAUUUAUUAUUACAGAAGAGGGUUGGACUAGAUGGCCUUCUUUGGGGUCCCUUCCAACUCUAGGAUCCUAUCCAUCUAUCUAUCUAUCUAUCUAUCUAUCUAUCUAUCUAUCUAUCUAUCUAUCUAUCUAUCUAUUAUGGCAGGUGGAGGCUGGACUAGAUGACCUUCUUUGGGGUCUCAUCCAACUAUCUAUCUAUCUAUCUAUCUAUUUAGCUAUCUAUCUCUUUAUUACAGCAGAAGGAGGUUGGACUAGAUGACCUUUGGAGGUUUCAUCCAACUAUCUAUCUAUCUAUGCUUCUAUCAUCUCUAUCUAUCUAUCUAUUAUCUAUCUAUCUAUUUAUAUAUGCAUCUAUCUAUCUAUCUAUCUAUUUAUCUAUCUAUGCAUCUAUGCAUCUAUCUAU